AUGCUCCGUACUCUUGCCACCUCUGGCAUUGUCUUCUCUUCUAUUGCGGCAGCUUGUCAAUUAACCAAUGGAAAUUACUUCACCGGAGUUGAGACUGACACCAACCUCUGCAUGGGCCAGGGCGAAGGCCAGUGGACCUUCGGUAUGUCUGUGAGCUUAUCCGACGUUCCCGCUCCUGGCGGAACACCAGACGUGGGCGCAGGAUCAUCCACGACGUUCUAUAUUUUCGACAAUGCCUGUAAUAUCAUGAGCACUUAUACCCCCGGGUCCUGCGGUGUUCCCUGGAUCAUCGAAGAGAACUUCCUGGCCGAUGUCCUGACAAUCACAAGAGUGGAAAUGGACGUGGGUCAACCCUACUUCAGCUUCAAUUACGGGAAUGGAGUAUACUCGAUCAACAACAACCAUUGCGUUUGCAACAGCGACGACGAUGGCCUCACAGCAGGCCAGGGCUGCCGCUGCGCAUUCCCCGUUGACGGUUACUUCACUGGCUAG